AAGACCUCUCAUUAGAAGAGAGAGAAGAACUUCUAGACAUUCGUCGAAGAAAAAAGGAACUUAUUGAUGACAUUGAGAGGCUGAAAUAUGAAAUCGCUGAAGUGAUGACUGAGAUUGACAAUCUGACUUCAGUGGAGGAGAGCAAAACUACCCAGAGGAACAAGCAGAUAGCUAUGGGGAGGAAGAAAUUCAACAUGGAUCCCAAAAAGGGAAUUCAGUUUCUAAUAGAAAAUGACCUGCUGCAGAACUCCCCAGAAGACGUAGCCCAGUUCCUGUAUAAAGGAGAAGGCCUAAAUAAGACCGUAAUUGGGGACUAUCUAGGUGAAAGGGACGACUUUAAUAUUAAAGUUCUUCAAGCUUUUGUCGAACUCCAUGAGUUUGCUGAUCUGAACCUUGUUCAAGCCUUAAGGCAGUUCUUGUGGAGUUUUCGACUUCCGGGGGAGGCGCAGAAGAUCGACCGCAUGAUGGAGGCGUUCGCGUCCCGCUACUGUUUGUGCAACCCCGGCGUCUUCCAGUCCACAGACACCUGUUACGUGCUGUCGUUCGCCAUCAUCAUGCUCAACACCAGCCUCCACAACCACAACGUGCGGGACAAGCCCACGGCCGAGCGCUUCGUCACCAUGAACCGUGGCAUCAACGAGGGAGGGGACCUCCCGGAGGAGCUGCUGCGGAACUUGUACGAGAGCAUCAAGAACGAGCCGUUCAAAAUCCCCGAGGACGAUGGCAAUGACCUGACGCACACAUUCUUCAACCCCGACCGCGAGGGCUGGCUCCUGAAGCUGGGAGGGCGGGUGAAGACCUGGAAGCGGCGCUGGUUCAUCCUCACCGACAACUGCCUCUAUUACUUUGAGUACACGACAGACAAGGAGCCCAGGGGGAUCAUCCCCCUGGAAAACCUCAGCAUCAGGGAGGUGGAGGACCCACGGAAACCGAACUGUUUCGAGCUUUAUAACCCGAGCCAUAAGGGCCAGGUCAUCAAGGCCUGUAAAACCGAGGCGGACGGCCGGGUGGUGGAGGGGAACCACGUGGUGUACCGGAUCUCCGCCCCGAGCCCCGAGGAGAAGGAGGAGUGGAUGAAGUCCAUCAGAGCGAGUAUCAGCAGGGAUCCUUUCUAUGACAUGCUGGCCACGAGGAAGAGGAGGAUUGCCAAUAAGAAAUAGAUCUCUCCCGGCCUCAACAGGUGAAAGUAGAAACCAAAACCCCGCAGCAGAAAG